CUCUCUGCCCGAGCGAUGGCGAAGGCACGGCCAGGUCCCAGCUCCCGCCGCGGUGGGGAGCUGCCGCUGACCCCCAGGACGGUCCGGCCGGCGCCCACCCCGCACCGGGCGGGCGGAGUGCGCCUGCGCGCCGCAGCCCUUUGUUGCCGGGCCGGCGGCUGCGCCUGCGCGGUGGGCGCGCGCGAACAAGUGCGCUGCGCCGCGGGCACCGGCGGGGGGCGGGCUGGCCCGGAGCCGCCGCCGCGUCCGCGCGACCGCCGCAGCGGCGCUGAGAGGGCCUGGCGGCGCAGCCACCCGCGCUUGGCCGACAUGUCCACCGCGGCGUACUACCUCCUCUCCACCCUGGGAGGGUACCUGGUGACCUCCUUCUUGUUGCUCAAGUACCCGACCUUGCUGCACCAGAGGAAGAAGCAGCGGUUCCUCAGCAAACACAUCUCUCACCGCGGAGGUGCUGGAGAAAAUUUGGAGAAUACAAUGGCAGCAUUUCAGCAUGCAGUUACUAUUGGAACUGAUAUGCUGGAAUUGGACUGUCAUAUCACAAAAGAUGAGCAAGUUGUUGUAUCACAUGAUGAGAAUCUAAAGAGAUCAACUGGGGUCAAUGUAAACAUCUCAGAUCUCAAAUACUGUGAACUCCCACCUUACCUUUGCAAACUGGAUGUCACAUUUCAAAAAGCAUGCCAAUGUGAAGGAAAAGAUAACCGGAUUCCGUUACUGAAGGAAGUUUUUGAGGCCUUUCCUAACACUCCCAUUAACAUCGAUAUCAAAGUCAACAACAGUGUGCUGAUUAAGAAGGUUUCAGAGUUGGUGAAACAGUACAGACGAGAACACAUAACAGUAUGGGGUAAUGCCAAUUAUGAAAUUGUAGGAAAGUGCUACAAAGAGAAUUCAGAUAUUCCCAUUCUCUUCAGUGUACAACGGGUUCUGCUCAUUCUUGGCCUGUUCUUCACUGGUCUCUUGCCUUUUGUGCCAAUUCGAGAACAGUUUUUUGAAAUCCCAAUGCCUUCUAUCAUAUUGAAGUUAAAAGAACCACACAAAAUGUCCAAAAGUCAGAAGUUUCUCAUCUGGCUUUCUGAUAUUUUAUUAAUGAGAAAAGCUUUGUUUGACCACCUUACUGCCCGAGGCAUUCAGGUAUAUAUUUGGGUAUUAAAUGAAGAACAAGAAUACAAAAGAGCUUUUGACUUGGGAGCGACUGGGGUGAUGACAGAUUAUCCAACAAAGCUUAAGAAUUUUUUACACAGUUUUUCAGCAUAGAAAAGGAAGUAUUCAGAAGCAUACAAAGAAACCAUGAAAAGACCUAAG